CUCCCGUACGCGGUGUCAUGGUGCGCCUCUCGCGCGUCGCUGUCGCCUCCUCGCAUGGCGCUUAACUAACGAAUCGCCGGCGGUGUUCGCGGCGUCGUUACAUCUCGUACUUACAUCUUGGCGAACCUCUUGGCGUGUCGCGGUCGCGUCGUGACGCCGUCGUGCGAUGUCGCGAGAUCGACGGCAACCGUGAACUCCGAUAUCGAGACCCGACAUCUGCUGCAAACGGUGCUAUUCAGGGGUCUACGGAAACCGUUCUCUCGAGGAAGAAUUAUGAAGACGGAAGUCGAAGACACGAGCGGCGACGGAGCGUGCGACGGCGGCAUCGGCGGGUCCAAUCUCUCCUGUCCCGAGGGCACCAGCGGCCUGGUCGUCGGUCCGGAAACGUCACCCAAUGUAAUGGAGUGCGGUGGAUGCGGCGAGCGCGUACGAGAGCGGACCGUCCUGUGCGUGGGCGGACGUACGUGGCACUCCAGGUGCCUGAGGUGUUGCGCCUGUGCCAGGCCGUUGCACGAUCAGCACUCUUGCUUCCUGAGAGGCAUGCGGCUCUACUGCAGGCACGACUAUGCCCUAGCUUUCGGCGCAAAGUGCGCAAAAUGCGGACGCAGCGUGGGCGCCGGGGAUUGGGUGAGAAGGGCCAGAGAAAGGGUUUAUCAUCUGGCUUGCUUCGCGUGCGACGCUUGCUCGCGUCAGCUGUCGACCGGCGAGCAGUUUGCUCUCGUGGACGCCCGAUUGCUUUGCAAGGCGCACUAUCUCGACGUCGUCGAAGGCAACAAUACGUCCUCCGAUGAAGGCGGUGACUCGGAGAGUGGCCACAAGGGUGGUAACAAGGCGAAGAGGGUCAGGACGACUUUUACCGAGGAGCAGCUCUCCGUCCUACAAGCGAAUUUUCAAUUGGACAGCAAUCCCGACGGUCAGGACCUCGAAAGGAUAGCGCACGUAACCGGGCUCAGCAAGAGGGUGACGCAAGUGUGGUUCCAGAAUUCGAGAGCGAGGCAGAAGAAGCACCUUCACACGGGCAAGAUGAAAGGACAGCACGAUAGGAAUUUUUACAGUGCAUCAGUCGCCACCAAACUCUACCGCGUCGCCCAACGAUUUCAGUCGUCACAUCAACUUACAUCUAACAUACUCGUUUCAACAUCAGCAACAGCAUCAGCAGCAACAACAGCCGCAGCUUAGUCCGGCCACGUGUAAAAGUCCCACGGGUUCCAUUUAUCAUAAUCACGGAUCAGAACAGUCGAUGGACGAGCUCUCGCAAGAUUCGAUGCUGCUGUCCAUGCCGAACGAGGUUUAAUGACACCGGCGAUUCGACAUAUUGUAAAUAUAAACACGUAUCGAUUUAAAAGUGUCAGAGGUAAGGGAUACAGACCUCGCGGAGAAGCAUCUCAAGCUCAAGUCCCGAUAUCGUUUCACUUAUCCUGGUCAAGGUGCAAGUUUUUAUCGUCGCGCUGUCUUCGAUGACGCGCUUUUGAGUUAUACUCGCAGCGCAUAUGCCUCUCGGUGUUAAAUCUAUCGAAGUGAAUAUUGUUCGCACGAAAAAAUCGACGGAUAUAAAUAGAAAUGUGCGUGUGUGCAUCUGAAUAUGUGUGCUUGUAUGCGGGUAUGAUGUGUGCGUGCGCGCAUGACUUCGUCCUAUAUUUUAUGAAUCGAUCUCUCUGUUUACCUCUUGGUUGUGUUUGAUAAUUUUGUACUUGAUCUUCCCUUUUCCUUCUUUCUCUCCUCUCUCCCUCUUCGUUUUUCUAUUUUUUUCUUCUCGCGUUGGUGCCUGAUGAUGCAACCAGGAAGGCGACCGCUUCCAUGGACGAUAAAACGAACGUAGGCGUAAAAGAGAGACGGAUACGCGUCAUCGAAGGCGCAUUCGCGUCGACGGAAUAUUCGCGUAUCCUGUAGCAAUGCUUGAAAUGAAAGUAUCUUUCGUAGUAUCUCGAUAGUCGCCUAAAAAGAACAUUUAAUAUGAAUGUACUGUGAUGUAAAUAUUGUAAACUAAACUAAAUAUAUAAAUAUAUACGAUUGCACACGUUGAACAAAAAGAAAAGGAGCUCUUUGUCUCCCAAUCAUCUCCCUCUAAAUAUUUUCCAUGCACAAUGUCUUUUUUUUAAAUUAUUUAAAUUAUUUAAUUAAAUUUUAAUAAGUCUAAUUAUCUGUAAAAGAUCU